CCCGAUAAUGAUGCUCAGGCAUUAUGAUUGACCCUGUUGCCUAAAUCGCCAUAAAACAUGACUGUUGGGUGGGAAACGUUGGAUGUCGGUGAACAGGCAUUAGUGUAUAACCAUGAAGGAUCUGCGAGAAUAGAAGAUGGACCUAAAAGGUUGUUCUUAUGGAGAGAGAAGUUUCAGAAGCUGACACGACAUGCUGCUGACCAGAAACAGUACCUAGUGGUCAGUUACAAAGAUGGGCGUGUCGAGCACAAGAAAGGACCAUGUGUGAUGUUUAAGAAUCCAAUCGCACAUAAUUCCAUCACCAUUGUCAACAUGAGAUCCUUGGAUGCCAACGAGGCCCUGGUUGUGUAUCGAAAGGAGGAGAUAUCUAAAGAAGUGACCAGAUACAUCCAAUUUGGUCCAACUCUGUUUACUCCUCAGGCAAACGAAUGGCUACACACAUUUUCAUGGCAUGGUACAGACCCCAACAACAAAACUCGUGUGGUACCAGGCAUUCAGAACUUUGAUGUACUCAAGGUUAUUCCUGACCAGUUGUAUUACAACGUGGAUGAAGUCAGAUUGAAGGAUGAUGCUGCCAUUAAAGUCAAACUCAUGCUGUGUUUUGAACUGAGAGACAUAGAUACAAUGUUGAAUGCCACUAAAGAUCCUAUAGCAGAUUUUAUAAACUGUGUGUGUGCCGAUGUGGUCGCCUUUGGAUCACUCUAUACGUAUAUAGAAUUCAUGGAGAAGGCCGGGGAGUUAAAUAAUUUGGAGAACUACAUACAGUUGAUGGAGCGGAGUAAAAGUAUUGGUUACACAAUCACCAAGGUGAUAUAUCGUGGUUACCAUGCACAUGCCAAACUUCAACAACUCCACGACAAUGCUGUAGAAACAAGAACCAACCUCAAAAUCAAUUAUGAAAAGGAGGAACAGAACCAAGUGCUCACUGACAUGAAACUAGAGAGUGAGAAAUCACGGAAAGAACUACAACAAAAACUGGAAGUAGAUGCCUUGAAACACAAAUUUACAAUGGAGAAGGACCAAAGGAAACACAAACUUGCCCUGGAGUAUGCCAAGGCUGAGGAGAGCAACAGACAGUGGAUAACAGACCAGCAGUGUAAACUACAGGCUCUUUGUGCCAAGAAUCAGCUGACCAGUGAGCACUAUAACAGUCUGAAAGGUGUGGGAGUCAACCUAGACACCUACUCCAAGAGCUUGAGUGGACGGCCAGAAAAAGUUGUCAAAAUAGUUACAGAAAAAAAUGCUGCAAACUUCCAUCUACAUCACAGCUGAAAAUGACGCAUAUUUCAAACUUCACCAGAGCUAAAAGUGACGCAAACUUCAAUGUUUGCUAAAACUGGAAAUGAUUAAAAUUUCAAUCUUUACCAAAGCUGAAAGUAUUGCAAACUUGUAUCUCUCUACACACUUAAAUGCUUUAACCAUCUUCACAACAACAACAACAAAAAUACUCAGACUUUAAUCGACACCAAAGUUGUAAAUGCUGCCAAAAAUUAUUGCAGAAGAAAAUACUACAAGCUGUGAACUUUUAGCACUACUAGAAAUACUGCAAACAUCUAUCUUUUCAGCAAAAUGGUACCAUUAUGUUACAGACAUCAGUCUUCAUCUUGAAUGAAAAUGAGACAGUUAAAUUUUUAUCUUUAAUGUAGAAAUAAGAAACUGAAAAGAUCUUCUCAUGAUUGUCUCCCUUUUUGGUUGCUCAAAAUAUUUCUGAUACAUGCCUAUUAGGCCUCUUGUUGUUAGUUAUCAUUUGAGACCUUAAUUCUCUUGUGAAGUUGAAAUGUUAUGCAGAAGGGUAAAGAAGAGAAUUACCUUGACUCAGGUAAAAUUCAUACUUAACACAUUUUGUUUUGUUUUGUUAUUAUGUACCCUGUAAUCUAACCAUGCCGUCAAACAGAAGUGAUAUAACUUUAUUAUCAAAACUUCAGUAUUCUUGCUGUGGCCUCUUUGUAUAGACUACCUGAUUCGCAAUUGUUGUAAAAUAGAUUUAUAAAGUCUAUGUAUAUGUACGAUUGAUGUUUCUGUAAUACAGAAGACCUUUGACUAAUUCCAAGGUGUUGUAUCUCUUAGACAUUCUGUGAUAAUGUAUGUGAUAUGGUAUCCAUGGGGUAUUGUUUAUUAUAUUUCUAUGAUCAGACUUGAUCAGACUUGAUCAGAAAUGAAAAUUAUAAGUGUGAAGUUGCCAGUGUUGUAUUUGUUACUAACACCAUGUUUGGUGUGAGAAAAUCUUAAUUUCUUUUCAUUUUCAUUUUUCAAAAUCCAAAUUUGCUUAAUAAUUAAUUGAAUUUUUGAAUUAUAGUUUAAACAUUAUGCACUCAUUUACCAACAAUGUUUUUAAAAAAAAUAAUGAUAAAAAAAAUGUAACGGUUACAGGAUCACUGUCCUGUAACAUCCAUAAUCAUCUCGUUAUAUGGCAAUAUCUGACUUGAUUAUCAUUGGAUAAAACAGGCCCGCAGAUUCAUUACUCUAAAUCAUCAUGGUCACCAUGCAAUAAUGCAUGUGAAGUUAACCUUAUGUUUUGAUAACACCUUAUACCCUAAAAUAGAAACGGGAAAACAAUCCGUUACUUUUAACAUCUAUUUCAGAUUGGUCACGAUAACGGAUGUUAAUGUCAUUUUCAGUUUUCAAUAAAGUUUCAUUUGGUUUUUUUUAUCAUUAUUAUUAUGAUGUUACUGAUUUUUGUGAUUUCACUAAUAAGUCUAAGCAAUGGGAACAAGACAGAAAAACAAAAACAAAAGAAUCAGGACAAUAUAAUAUUACAUGUACCUCUAUUUACUUACCUCCCCUUGUUUUGGCUACCGUUCACUAGGUAGCUCAUUCAGCAUGUUUAAAAGUUUGUGUCAUUUUUAUAAUGAUUGCAAUUUAUAUGUGAAUAAUUAUGUUAGUGUAAUGAUGUAAUUGUGCAAUGUUUGAUGUAUAUAUUAUAACUUAAUUAUCUAUGUAUAUUGUGAUAUAUUUUGUCUUGUUUAUUGAAAAGAUUUAAUAAAAUCAAAAAGCAGCAGAUCUGUUACGAGAGUAAUACUUUUAGUUUACCUAGCCCGAAUUUGAUAUACUAAGGGCAGUGUUUUUUCCUACCAUUUAUAUCUAAUUGUAACAAUUAACUAAAUUCUAACAAUUGUAGUAUGAAGCUUUAGUUUUACAUUUGUAUUUGUAUCAUUUUUCUAAAUAAAUAACCAUGCAAUUUAA